UGAUAUUUUAUUGCGCACUCUUCCCGUUAUGGUGUCGGCAACAAAAUUAGUAAAGUUUGGUUGUAAACUAGUUUCCUUUUGAGAUACAAUGCAAAAUUUAACCCAAUCUGGCAUGCCUGGGUCAAAACUCGGUGGAACUAACUUAGCAACAAUGAACGGUAAUGUAAACAAUAACAUUUACACCACCAAUCAUCCAGAAAACUUUAUAUUUGAACAAGAAGAUCCUAGCCUCGAAGAUGAUGAUUCUGAUUCUGAUACAGUCAGUUUUCAACAAGGACAUGGAUUUCCUCAAAGUGUUACAGGCUCAGGACUCAAGCCAGGAAAGAAAACAAAAGGAAGAGUGAAAAUUAAAAUGGAGUUUAUUGAGAACAAAUUACGGAGAUAUACAACGUUUAGUAAAAGAAAAACGGGAAUAAUGAAAAAGGCUUAUGAGUUGUCUACUUUGACUGGUACCCAAGUGAUGUUGUUAGUAGCAAGUGAGACUGGCCAUGUGUACACUUUUGCUACUAGGAAGCUACAGCCCAUGAUUACUAGUGAGAGUGGUAAAGCUCUCAUCCAGACUUGCUUGAACUCCCCUGAUCCACCUCCUGGAUCUUCCACUGGCACUGUGCAGGAACAAAGGAUGAAUCCCUCAGGAUUUGAAGAGACAGACUUGUCCUGUGCUGUGGAUGAAGAGCAGAACAAGACAGAUGGUGGAAAUGAGCUGAAAACAGUAUAUUCCAUGCCCAGCCAAGGCAGCACAUCUCCAGUCAGUGACCAAAUGAACAUUUCUUCUUCACCGAGGGGGGAUCAAUCAGCUUCAGUCACUCAUGUCAUCAACCAGGUGCCUGCCUAUACAUUGCAAGCAGCCCCUGUUUUAGCAAUAAAACAAGAACAAAGUUCUGUGAAGCCCUUAUCUUUAAGCUCUGCUAGCAACAUCAUUUCAACCACGUCCAACAGUGUCCCGACUAUGCAAAUACCAAUUGUAAUACAAUCUGGCCAGAUAUCAAUGCUGCAGCCAGGUACUCAGUUACAGGGGCAGACUAUUACUGCACAGAAUGAGCUCAAACCUGCAGCAUUUAGUCAAGUUGUUUCAAAUCCUACUAAUCAAAUGAUAUCCAGCUCACAGAACAACCAAUCUGGUGAACUCAACACUCCUUUACCAGUCAGCACACCAUCAGCUAUCAGUUUCAUGCAAGGUAUGACCCCAGGAAUAAUAAUGUACCAAACACCACAAGGAAUUGUGUAUGCCACUCCUACAACUCAAAAUUUCCAUGACCGAACUGUUUUUAAUUUUCCACAAACCAUGUCACAAACAGACCAAGCUUCUGGUCAACAGAUUUUCACAAUACCUGUGCCAGUCUCACUCGGUGCAUCCUCGCUACUGCACCUGGCUACUGCACAAAGUGUAGAUAAUAGCCAAGAAGUCACACAAGUUCAGCAACCGCCUCCAGCAAAGAAAGCCAAGAAAUGACAUCACCCUGUGACUAGCUAGGCUAUGUCAUGACAUAUAUAUUGCCAGUGAGCUAUGUAUAUUUUUAUACAUGAUUAUACACAGUUCCAAGAGACUUAAAGAGGCAGCUGAUAUGAAUAAUAUAAGCUAUUUUAAGCUUAUGAAACUAUUGAAAACUCUUCUGGAAAAGGAGUUGUUUUUAUUUUUUUUAAUCUACGAAACUUAAUUGUACGACUUUAAAGUCUGAUGUUAGUUUUAUUCAUUACAAAGACUCAUUUCAUCUGAAUAUCUCAUGAUGUAUUAAUGUGCCAACUUCAUGCUGUAUAUAAUGACAUAAUUUAUAUUUUGCUUUUGUGACAAAACAUUUUUAUGUACAUGUUUGUUAAGUUAAUCCUCUUAUCAAAAGAGGUGGGUUUUGUUUUAAAUGUAUUGUCUUGUAAAACAGUGCCUUGAUAUAUUCAAUGGCUAAUGAUGGAUGGGACAUUAGGAUGAAAUGCAUUUGACCUUUAGGUCUGAAAGUGAGACAUCUAUGGUUAUAGCUGUACUCUUAUUUGCCAGAAAAGAAUAUUACAAUAAAAGAAAGGGUAAAUAAUUCAUCUGAAAAUGUUGAUAUUGUCUUCAUCAGAUGACUACUUAGUCUUGAUUAAAUGCUCUUGUAUUUGUACUCUCUAUCAGCUAUGGUGUCUCCUUUGUUACACAAUUCUUGCAAACACAUUUCCUAGGCAACAUUUUGCUGUUAUUUGAUCUGAUUUUCUGCUGGACAGGCUUAUCCUCUUUUUAUUAUCUUCUAGUCUUGUUAAGUAAGUCUAAAUGUGUUGGCUCACUUUUCUCUUGUGUUAUUUUGUUUUCUUAUGUACAAUGCAGGUACAGCCCUGUGUUUGGUUGGGUUGUAUUUCUUCUGAAUAACAAGCUACCAUAGAUAUUGCAAUAGAUAGUGGAAUGUUUAUACUUUUUCUUCAUUUUAUUAAAAAAGUUAUUUAUUUCAAAAUUUUUUUUUUCCUUUGUCACUUCCAUAUGGCAGUGAUUGAUAUUGAGUCCAACCCAAACUUGUUUUCUGAUCCUAAGUUUGUAAUGAGCAGACAUUCAUCACCAGGUUUAGUUCAUACAUUCACUCAGCAGAAGGGAAGCUCAGUGUGUGUGUGUGUGGAUCAUAAAAAUGUCUUAGUGUUGCUUGAUGGGCUUUUAUUUCUUGAGAAAUAAGUAUUUAGACACUGUUUGACUGGACUAAAUGUUACUUAGGAAUGUUAAAAAAAAAUAUUUUUUGUUCACAUUUUCCCAGAAGUUUUUUUGACAUUUCUAUUUACAAAUUCAACUAAUGGAUGAUAAUAAUAAUAAUGCUCAACAGAUUUGGUCUUUUGUGCUACCCUUCUCUAAAUGAGCUCCACACCCACGAUCAUUAAAUCAUCAUUGAAAAUGAGCCUGUGAUUUGCAAAGAAUAAAAAUUUUGGUGAUUGUGGUAUCUGGCACUUUUCAUGUUUUGAGUAUUUUGUCA